CGGUGGGCACGACCCUUGUAACACAAACGCGGGCGCUGCUACACGCCUCGGUCUCGCCUGUCUCUGUGGCCUAUGUCCACUAGCCUGCUUGACUUUUGCAUGUGCUGGUGUGGCCUAAUCUCCACUUGCCUGCCUGCUUCACGUGUUUCUAUGUCCUAUCUCCACUUGCCUGUCUGCUUCACGUGUCUCUAUGGCCUAUCUCCACUUGUCUGCCUGCUUCACGUGUCUCUAUGGCCUAUCUCCACUUGCCUGCCUGCUUCACGUGUCUCUAUGGCCUAAUCUCCACUUGUCUGCCUGCUUCACGUGUAUCUAUGGCCUGUCUCCACUUGCCUGCCUGCUUCACGUGUUUCUAUGGCCUAAUCUCCACUUGUCUGCCUGCUUCACGUGUCUCUAUGGCCUAAUCUCCACUUGUCUGCCUGCUUCACGUGUCUCUAUGGCCUAUCUCCACUUGCCUGCCUGCUUCACGUGUCUCUAUAGCCUGUCUCCACUUGCCUGCCUGCUUCACGUGUCUCUAUGGCCUAUCUCCACUUGCCUGUCUGCUUCACGUGUUUCUAUGGCCUAUCUCCACUUGCCUGCCUGCUUCACGUGUCUCUAUGGCCUAUCUCCACUUGUCUGCCUGCUUCACGUGUUUCUAUGGCCUAUCUCCACUUGCCUGCCUGCUUCACGUGUCUCUAUGGCCUAUCUCCACUUGCCUGUCUGCUUCACGUGUUUCUAUGGCCUAUCUCCACUUGUCUGCCUGCUUCACGUGUCUCUAUGGCCUAUCUCCACUUGCCUGCCUGCUUCACGUGUCUCUAUGGCCUAAUCUCCACUUGUCUGCCUGCUUCACGUGUCUCUAUGGCCUAUCUCCACUUGCCUGCCUGCUUUACGUGUCUCUAUGGCCUAUCUCCACUUGUCUGCCUGCUUCACGUGUCUCUAUGGCCUAUCUCCACUUGCCUGCCUGCUUCACGUGUCUCUAUGUCCUAUCUCCACUUGUCUGCCUGCUUCACGUGUCUCUAUGGCCUAAUCUCCACUUGUCUGCCAGCUUCACGUGUCUCUAUGGGCUAUCUCCACUUGCCUGCCUGCUUCACGUGUCUCUAUUGCCUAAUCUUCACUUGUCUGCCUGCUUCACGUGUCUCUAUGGCCUGUCUCCACUUGUCUGCCUGCCUGCCUCACUUGUCUGUAUGACCUCUCAGCGCUUGCCUGCCUUACCUGUCUGUAUGACCUAACACCACGUUGCUUUUCUGAUAUGUACAGGGUGUUUAAAAAUCAAGGACCCGAUUUGAAAUCGCUAUAUCUCUGCAACCACGAACCGCCCAUGAAUGAAACUCUUACCACUUGAAAGGGCGGGGCAUAGAGUUUCAAAUGACGGAGCACCGCCGCAUUGGCACCUGCAGGAGCUGUUGCACGACAUCAUCCUGGGCACGGCCGAGCACAUGUUCGAAAACAAGCGCUACCGUCCGCUGGCCCUAGAGGCUGAACCCACCCCGGCCACAGCGUUCGACAUGGACAAGCUGAAGUCGACGCUCAAACAGCUGGUGCGAGACUGGAGCUCCGAAGGGCAGGGCGAGCGCGACUCGUGCUACCGGCCCAUCCUCAAUGCCAUACAGACGUACCUCGGAGCUGCUAGCGGUCACAGUGGCAGCAGCAUCAAGAGCAAUGGUAACAGCUGUUGCGAUGGCCACAGCAGUAAUGGCAGCAAUAACAGUGAUGGAUGCCAUCAAAACCAUCGCCACCAACAGCAGCAGGAGAAUGAGCAGCAGCAGCUGAAUGAGCAGCAGCAGCUGAAUGAGCAGCAGCAGCUGAAUGAGCAGCAGCAGCAGAAUGAGCAGCAGCAGAAUAAUCACAAGCAACAGCAGCAGCAGAGAAGCCCCCGAGUGUUGGUGCCCGGCUCGGGCCUCGGUCGCCUCGCAUGGGAAAUCGCGCGCCUUGGCUACAGCUGCCAGGGCAACGAGUUCAGCCUCUUCAUGCUGUUCACAUCGCACUACAUCCUGAACCGCUGCCACGAGGUGGACAGCGUGCGCCUCUACCCGUGGGUGCUGCAGUUCAGCAACACGCGCCGCGCGUGGGACCGCGUGCGGCCCGUGCUCGUGCCGGACGUGGACCCCAGCGCGCUGCCGCCGGGCGCCGACUUUUCCAUGUCGGCAGGCGACUUCCUGGAGGUGUACUCGCUGGACAUGGACGUGUGGGACUGCGUGGCCACGUGCUUCUUCCUCGACACGGCGCACAACGUCAUCGCCUACAUUGAGCUCAUCUGGAAGGUGCUCAAGCCGGGUGGCGUGUGGAUCAACAUGGGGCCGCUGCUCUACCACUUUGAAAACAUGGUUGGUGAGAGCUCGCUAGAGCUGAGCUACGACCAGAUCCGCCAAGUGAUCGUGCAGGUGGGCUUCGUGUUCGAGGAGGAGAACGAGUGCGUGCACGCGACGUACACGGAGAACGAGCGCUCCAUGCUGCGCUACAUCUACGACUGCGUUUUCUUCGUUGUGCGCAAGCCGGCGCUCAAGAGUGAAUGCUCAUGACAGCUGGCAGGCGCGGGCCCAGCACAAUCGGGGAAAAACGAACCGGAAUUAAAUUUAGCGUCCCUCCGCCGUUGAGGCACGUGCGUGAGCUGGCUUUUUAUUGUCAUUAUUUUGUCGUGAUAUUUACUAUUGUUUUAUGCCAUUUGUGCUUUUGGAGACACGUGGAGUGAAAGCACGCCCGUUGUGGAACACCUUCCCACUUCGCGUCGGGGAAGAGUACCGUGAAACUACUGCUGGAGUCAAUUAAGCCUCUGUCACCCGGUGCCGAUUAAAAAAUAGUUCAACGCAUGCCCGGUCAUCCUUUGUUACUGUUUUGUGCCCGGUCAUCCUUUGUUACUGUUUUGUGCUUGGGCCUGGGCUUUGGCAAGUAAAACCAAUUCUGUACGAUGUGUUGUUUUAGUCAUUGGUGACCAGGUUGAGCCAAUAAACUUGCCACACUUGAGAACCUGGUUUAGUUGUGAUUGGCUGCCUAUGAUUUGAACCCAGAAUGCCAUUGGUGCCAGCUCGUUGCUAUUGACAUAAGACCCACGAGCCAGCUUAGCCACCUCAGGUCUUAUAUUAAUGUAAAAUCACAGUGUGAUGGAUUUUAUUUUUAAACAGCUAAAGCCAUUUCAAAGUAAAUUUGGUACUAUAUCCAUUGUCUUCAUGAUAAUCAUGGUGAGAUUGGUUAGUGGUACAGCCAUCAGAGGUAGAUACCACAUCCUUUAUUCAUGUCUACCAACUGUUAAUCUUCUGUAAUGUUUUAUGAAGGACUUUAUAAAACACCUUUAAAAAAAUG